AUGUUAUAUUUCAGUAGUUUGACGCUGGCCGUCUUAAGCAGUUCGCAAUGUUUUCGUUCGUUUUAAUAGUCUUGUUCAUUUCUGUGAUAAUAUUUGGUCUAUAUAUAAGGUACAGUCAUGCUGGGCGGUUAAUGGCCAAAAUCCCUGGACCUAAAGGAUUCUUUAUCAUCGGAAAUACUUUGGCUAUUGUCAGGGAACGAGACGAUUUAUUCAACUAUGGUCGUGAACUAUACGCGAAAUAUGGUAAACUCAGCAAGAUCACCGGCUUCCACAUCAGAGGGGUCAACGUUUACUCCCCUGAAGAUGCCGAAACAAUAUUGUCCUCACCGCGUUAUAAUGAAAAACAAAUACCGUACAUAUUUUUAGAGCCGUGGCUCGGUGAUGGAUUGCUAAUUAGUAAGGGUGAAAAAUGGCACGACCGAAGAAAAAUGUUGACGCCUGCUUUCCACUUCAACAUUCUGAAGAAAUUCACAAAAGUAUUCUGCGAAGAGACGGAGGAAUUCUUAAAUUUGGUUAAAGAGGAAACGAAAAAGGACAAAACAGAAAUAAUGCCGUUGAUUAUGAAAUCAACGAUCAGGAUUAUGUGCGAAACUUCAAUGGGUACCAGCAUGGACGAAGACAUUCAUACAGUAUUAAAAAAAUAUCUGAAAGCGAUCCAUGUGCUGGGCGAAUGCGUCGUCUAUAGAUUCUCCAGAAGCUGGUUUUAUACCAAUUUUACAUUCUUCUUAAGCAAAGUCGCGGGAAUCCAGAGACGUGCAGUCAAAGACCUGCAUAUUUUCACUAAGCAGAUCAUCCAAGAGAGAAGAAGGUAUAGGAAACAGGGAAAAAUAGUUGAUAUUAACGAUGAUGAUGAAGUAUACGGUAAGAAAAGUCGGAUGGCAAUGCUGGAUCUGUUGCUGGAGCAGGAGAAGCUGGGGAAUAUCGACGAGGACGGAAUCCGGGAGGAAGUAGACACAUUCAUGUUUGAGGGCCAUGACACCACCUCCAUGCUCCUCACUUUUAUGAUCAUGAGGAUCGCUAAUGAACAACACGUUCAGGACUUAAUAUACGAGGAAAUGCAGCGCAUUUUCGGCGAUUCCCGUCGGAGUCCCACGAUGGAGGAUUUCAGCGAAAUGAAGUACUUAGAAUGUUGUAUUAAAGAAGCCUUGAGGCUGUACCCGAGCGUGCCUUUCAUGUCGCGGAUACUUAACGAAGAAGUCACUUUAAGUGGAUACAAAGUUCCAGAAGGAACGCAAUGCAAUAUUCACGUAUUCGACAUCCACCGAUUGGAGGAGUACUAUCCGGAACCUGAGAAGUUCGUUCCAGAAAGGUUUCUCGCAGAAAAUAAGAGCACCCGUCAUCCGUUUGCCUACAUACCCUUUAGCGCAGGACCGAGAAACUGUAUAGGUCAGAGAUUCGCUAUGCUGGAAAUAAAGACGAUGAUGUCGGGACUGAUAAGGAGGUUCCACCUGCAGCCGGUGACCAAGCACGAAGACGUCGCAUUCUUGAGUGACUUAGUGUUGCGACCGAAAUAUCCGAUCUACGUGCGCUUCCGUGAAAGGAAGAUGUAGCAAAAAUUUGAUUGUAUUCGACACGGAGUAUUCCUUUACCUUACAAUGAAAAAAUUUAAAAAAAUUGGUCGAGCUACGUAUCAAAUGACAGACCUGAAACUCCAAAAACCCGAUGUUGAACACAAGUACCAAUUACGAAUUCAUUGGAAAGAACUGGACUAAUGCGAUUUGAUUUCUAUGUCUAGAAGUUUUUAUAACUAAGUUUUUUUUAAUAAAUCACCACGAUUCCUAA